UUCGAGGCUUACUUCAAGGAAGUAGUCGCAGACAUAAAACUACAUGCCGGUGGCAUAGCUUAGUUUCACUUCCAAACUUCUAUCCGUCUUUAAGUAUGACCCCAACGUCUCCUCUUAUGAAGCUCAGCCGGUCAAUCGCUGGUUCAGCAAGCUCGACAUCACCUCCUCUCUUGAAGCUAGGCCAAUCUCUCACUGGAAAAGUUAGCACAUAUACCGUCACCAGACAACUCGGCGAAUUUAUCUGGCAGGCAAGUGACAAGAGCAGACAAACUGUCAUAAUCAAAGCUGCGCGGCAUUUCCGCAUCAUAAACGAGAGGGACGUUCUUAGGAAGUUCCAGGACAGAACACCGCAUCUCCGUCCCUUGGUCGAUGAGAUAACUGAGCCACUGUCUCCGCCUGCCAUCGUGUUGAAACAUCUCGAGGAUGAUUUAUGGGCCGCUUCAGGGAGCAAGAAGCUUAGUGGAAGAGAGAUCAGAUAUGUAUCAAAGAGGAUCCUUGAGGCAUUGAAAGUACUACAUGACGAUGGCUAUGUACACACAGAUAUCAAAAUGGACAAUGUCCUUGUGAACUACGCGUCACCUCAGACUGGGGAUACACAACGCUUUAGUGAUGUCCAACUCGCAGAUCUCGAAAGUACAGUCUCCAUAACAUCUGAUUUCUGCAAGAACCGCGAUGAAAUCGGUACACCUAUUUGGCGGAGCCCGGAGGCCCAGUUGGGGCUGCAAUGGGGACCGCCGACUGACAUUUGGUCAUUUGGGGCAAUGGUGAUAUCCAUGAUCUGGGGUGACAACUUUUGCCUAUUCAGGCCGAAAGUCCCCCGUGGCCACGAUGACUAUGAACUAGAGAUCCUUGCAAAAUACCAUAUCUAUUUUGGACCAUUUCCUCUGUCAUAUCGCGAUCUUGCUGAUGAGGGGACCUUGGGAGUGCUAUCAUUCGUUAUGAAUAAUGUGCCGCCUGAGAAGUUGAGACCUUUCUCACUGGCUAGCCAGAAAGAGAUCUCCAAACAAGAUAAGGAAUUCAUCCUGAAAAUAAUGAAGCUCGACCCGAGAGAUAGGCCGACUGCAAAGGAGCUCAUUGAAGAUGAAUGGUUCAAUCAAGUCUGAGCGGACUACACCUUCUUGGAUCCAUUUCCUGUAACUAAUACCUGAGUCUCACUUCCCCGCCCGUAACAGAACAAUGCUGGAAUUUAGUUCCAUAUCACUCGAUAAUGCGAU